AUGCCGGUGAAGCGUAGCGAGCGCGGAGGGAACGCGUCCAGCGACGCGUCUGACCCUCCCGUUCCCGACGCAGCACCCGUUCUACCCACCACGAGGUCGGGCCUUGUUCGCCAGGGUCCAGUGGCCACAACCACACAGGGAAUUGCUGCAGAAGGAGACAAUGAAGUCGGAUCACUUCCAGGGGCAACCAAGGGCCUAGCGCAGCAGAUUCUGCAUUACCUUAAACCGAUCCUACGAGCGAACACCGAGCUUCGGAUUGCAAACGCCGAACUUGGGGAGGAAUGCAAACGCAUGUCAGAAGCAUACAAGAACGUAGAGGCCAUCGCGGCCGAAGCAGCGUUAUAUCGCAAGGAACUGGAAGAAUCGCGGAAAGAGGUCCAUGUAGACCUCGAAAUGGUGCGGUUCCGGUUCCAAGGUCUGGAACCGCGCACCAGAACCGGAGGUUCUGCGGUUCUAAUAUGUAAGAACCGCGAUUGCAUAAUUUUGCCAAGGAUUUCCUUUUUCGGAUGGAUAAGAUGA